AUGUCCUCACCGGCAGUAAAAGACACAGCACCGAGAAAUAUCUCGGCGGACGAAAUCCAAAUGAAUACAACUUCGACGAGCAAGAUGAAUGAAAAUAAACUUUUGGAUUUCUUACGGCCGACAUUGAAUCACCAACUACAACAACCUCAACGAACACCGGAAGAAGAACUCCAAAAGAAGAAAGAAAGACAAAAAAAGAAGAAUGAAAAAUUCAAAGAAAAGAAAAGAAAUCGUCCCGAUUUCAUAAAUCGUUUAACAAGGCCCAUCUAUCACAAAUACACAUAUAAAAAAAUUAGGGCACAAAUGAUGGACGAUGGAAUUUAUCAUUCACAUCAAAUCAACAUCAAUGAAGAAAAAAAAGAGGUGACAAUCAACUUCAAAUCACCAGCAUUACUGGAAGAAGCGAGAACGAAAAUGCGUGUGAAUUAUUUCUCGGAAAAGCAAUAUUACAAAAGAUGGUGA